CCCUUUCGCCGCACUGCCGCCGCCUCCUCCCGAUUGACGAUUCACAAACCACCACGGCUUCGGCUGGGCGGCUGGCCAUCUCGACCGUCCGCGCCGCUAGCGCCACCUCGACAGCCCGCCUGCAUCGUGGUAGCCGCCCGCUACACCAACCUUCGCAUUGUCGGGCCUCCUAGAAUGGCCGUCUUCGCCGUGGUCGACACCCGCGGCUCCUCGGCUGCCUGCCGAAACCGGCGCCGCCGUUCGCGCCUACCCGGCUCCCAGCCUUCUCCGCCCUCUCCGCUAGUCCCGAACUCUGCCGUAUUUUUGCUUGUUGCAGGUGCGACUAAACUUUCUCGGCGCAGCUUCAGAAUUGCUCAGCGUGCUAUUGCCUUCAGAACUAAAAAGACUGCAAAUCUUUGUGUUGGCUACGAGCUGAUCAAAGGAAUGCCUCAAUGUGCAGCAAGUCUGCUCCGUUCGGCCAUGGUGAGGGCCAAGAAGCUGCAGGAGAGGGUCCCCCUCCGCCGCACGGCGUGGAAACUGGCCGACCUCGUCGUCCUCUCCCUGCUCCUCGCCCUCAUCGCCCACCGCGCCGCCUCGCUGCUGGACGGCGCCGCCGUGGCGCCCCGGUGCUGGCUCGCCGCGCUCGUCUGCGAGGCUUGGUUCGCAUUUGUGUGGCUCCUCAACAUAAACUGCAAGUGGAACCCCGUCCGGUUCGAGACGCACCCCGAUCGCCUCGCCGAAAGGACCGACGAGCUCCCAUCGGUGGACAUCUUCGUGACUACGGCAGACCCGGAGCUGGAGCCUCCGGUGGUGACGGUGAACACCGUGCUCUCGCUUCUCGCAGUGGAAUACCCGGCCAGCAAGCUGGCGUGCUACGUUUCCGACGACGGCUGCUCGGCGUUGACCUGCUACGCGCUGUGCGAGGCCGCCACGUUCGCGAGGUUGUGGGUGCCGUUCUGCAGGAGGCACAGUAUCGGAGUCAGGGCCCCCUUCGUCUACUUCUCCUCCAGCCCAGAGACCGGCGCGGCCGAUCAAGAGUUCUUGCGCGACUGGACGUUCAUUAAGAACGAGUAUGAGAAGUUGAUAAGCCGGAUCGAGAACGCCGAGGGCUCCCUUGUGUGGCACGGCUGCGAGUUCACUGAGUUCUUGGGUGCUGAGCGCAGGAAUCAUCCGACCAUAAUUAAGAUCCUGUGGGACAACAGCAAGAGCACGACAGGAGAAGGGUUCCCAAGUCUCAUAUACAUCUCAAGAGAAAAGAGCCCUAAAUAUCACCACCACUUCAAGGCCGGGGCCAUGAAUGUCCUGACAAGGGUGUCCGCUGUGCUGACCAAUGCUCCAAUCAUGCUGAACGUGGAUUGCGACAUGUUUGCAAACAACCCGCAGGUCGUCCUCCAUGCAAUGUGCCUCCUUCUGGGGUUCGACGACGAGAUCCACAGCGGAUUCGUUCAGGCGCCACAGAUAUUCUAUGGCGCCCUCAAGGAUGAUCCUUUUGGGAAUCAGACGGAGGUUAUGUACAAGAAACUUGGAUAUGGAUUUGCUGGACUUCAAGGAGUAUAUUAUAACGGGACUGGUUGCUUUCACCGAAGGAAAGUCAUUUAUGGCGUAGCACCAGACUGCACCACAUAUGUCAAACCAAGGACAAAAGGUUCACCAUCUUGCAAGGAGCUGCAAAUGAAGCUUGGUAGUCAAAAAGAAUUGAUCGAAACAGCUAGGAGCGUCAUAUCUGGAGACAUGCUUGCAGUGCCUAACAUAAAUUUAUCGAGUCGCGUCGAAGUGGCAAAAGAAGUGUCUGCCUGCAGCUAUGAGACCGGCACAUGUUGGGGACAGGAGAUUGGCUGGGCUUAUGGAUCAACGACUGAGGACAUUCUGACCGGGCAGAGGAUCCAUGCUGCAGGCUGGAAAUCAGCACUUAUGAACACCAACCCGCCAGCGUUCCUCGGCAGUGCACCAACUGGGGGACCAGCCAGCCUAAUCCAGUAUAAAAGAUGGGCAACGGGCCUUUUGGAGAUACUCAUGAGCCGGAAUAACCCAAUCCUUCUCUCCAUCAUCAAGCGCCUGCAGUUCCGGCAAUGCCUUGCCUACCUGGUCAUCGGAGUGUGGCCAAUGAGGGCGCCUUUUGAGCUAUGCUAUUCGCUUUUGGGACCUUACUGCAUCCUUGCAAAUCAGUCCUUUUUGCCAAAGGCAUCAGAACCUGGUUUCAGCAUCCCAUUAGCCCUAUUCUUGACCUACAACAUAUACAACUUCAUGGAGUACAUGGAUUGCCGUGUCUCAGCCCGUGCCUGGUGGAAUAACCAAAGGAUGCAGCGGAUAAUCUCAUCAUCUGCCUGGCUCCUCGCAUUCCUCACCGUGCUACUCAAGACCUUAGGCCUCUCUGAGACAGUGUUUGAGGUCACUCGCAAGGAAAAGAGCUCGUCCAAUGGCGAUGGCAGCACUGCUGGAGCCGACCCAGGGCGGUUCACAUUUGAUUCAUCAUCGGUGUUCAUCCCCGUUACAGCACUUGUGAUAUUGAACAUUGUCGCGGUAGCUGUUGGAGCAUGGCGGAUGGUUUUCACUGCAGCAGAAGGCGUGCACGGUGGCCCGGGUGUCGGAGAAUUCGUGUGCUGCUGCUGGUUGGUGCUAUGCUUCUGGCCAUUUGUGACGGGAAUUGUCGGCAAGGGAAUCUAUGGCAUCCCCUGGAGUGUCAAGCUGAAGGCUGGUUUGCUUGUUGCUGCGUUCGUUCACUUCUGCAGAAGAAACUAACUUUUGCAGCAUCGAAACAUUGAAACUUAGUUCCAUCUCUGGUCAGAAUUAUGGUACCUGAUAUUCCAACCAGCGAUGCCGGAGAGAGGCGGACCGUGCCCAAAAUGCUAGGUAGGGGGCGUUGAACCGCACUCACCUGACACUCAGGCAGCCGUUGGUUACUGAUAGAAUUUGAUCCAUGUCUGUAACUCCAUUCAUCAACAAACUACAACUUAUUUCACCUCAAAUAGUACUUGUUAUUUCUA